GCCAUAAGUGCAAAAAAGCUGAUCAGGUCCGCAGUGUAGACGCUACCAUGCCGCUUCUAUUGCGGCCCACGGCGCCCAGCCCAAGCAUCGACGAGCUCGCCUUCGCGGUGACCGCAGCUCCGCUGUCUUCGCAGACCUCGCAGCGUUCAGUGUCUUCGGCCACAUCGGAGCUGCCUCGAUGCCCAACGCACGGCCGAAUCUCGCUGCGCAGUCGCCACAGCACCGCAGGCACUGAAACCGACCUCCACAUCUGCUCUGAUGAGCCUUACAAGGGCCCAGAGCGCCAGUCGAUUCAGAGAUCUAGCCAGCAAAGCAUGCAACGCAGUAGCGGCGUCCUAAAGCCCAAGGAUGCGAAGGAAUUGGACGCAGCCUCGAAGCGCUCGUCGCACGACACGCAGCUGGAUGAGGACCACAUUUCCAGCGAUGGCAGCUAUGAGUCCGAAGCCGAACGUGUCUCUAGCGUGUUGAGCUAUGGCUGCUCGUGCGCCGACGCGAACGAACUCGCUAUCACGUCGUCUUCCGUCGUAAUCGAAGACCGUCAGCUCGCCGUCGUCGAUAAGGAGCUACGCGAUUAUCGCAAGACACUUGUGCGUAAGCUGUACACGCGAUUGACGAAGAUCUCGGGCCUCGGACGCAGGAAAUCGUCCACGGCUAAGCCAGUUUUUUAAAAAAAGUAGCGUCUACCCGGACAUCGGGAAUCCUGUAGAUGUCUGCCGGUGGGCGAGGUGACCAGAAGAGCUAGAUGUCUGCUCGCCCACGUCCUUUAAUAUUUAUCAUAAAUUGUGUUUGAGGUCCU